ACGUGGGUUACACUGGGAUGUCUCAUCUGUGGUUUGCUGCGGUGGCAGCAGGGGAGUGGUUUCUGUUUGACACACACAUCACUUGAACAUGGGGCUUUGGGGUCGGUGGCUGCACGUGGCACAGGGCUCGGCCUCGCAGCUCCUCUGAGCGAUGCCAAGGGGCCGGGGCCGGUGAACCCCUCCUGAGUCAGGCAGUUGAUGUCAGGAGCCUUUUAUGUUGAGCCCUCAUCUCAGAGGACUCGCUUUGGCUUCCAAGGAAGGGGAGUUCUUUGGGGCCACGUUCUGCCCCAGGGCUGUGACAUCAGCACUGUUCCCUUGGGAACGGGGAGAUGGGGCUGCAGUGAGCCCUGCACAGCCAGGAUAAAAUACUGCUGAGGUUGGCUUCCAUUUUCAGUGCUGUAAGAUAGCCAGAGGUUGCAAUGUUGGUUUUGUGAUCUUGGUCACUUGGGGAGUACUUUAGGAUUUGGGAUGUGUGUAUAUAAUCCAGAACUAUGCAGGUGCUGUGUAAGGAUUCAGGUUUUCCUCAUGCCCCAACAGCAUUUUAAAUGUUCCAGGAGUGAUUAUUUGUAGUUUGGUGGGAAAGUUAAAUUGGAACAAUACUUCUUUAUGGUGGGAAUAGACUCAUAGAAUGGUUUGGGUUGGAAGGGACCUUCAGGAUCAUCUCAAAUAGUCUCUAAAAGUUUUGCAGAGAAGGGAGGAUUUCAUCUUUAAGUUGUCAACUAUAUCCAAAUGGCUGGAAUGUGGUGGAUUAAAACAUCCUGCUGCCCUGUUCCCACAGCUGCACUCAUGAUUCACAUUCUGACCAAUGCAGUAAUGUGUUGCAUCUCUUUCAGCAGCAUUGUGCUUCAAGCCUGUCUCGUUGGAGGAUUUUUCCUAAUUGAAGCAUUAGGUCUUGAAGGUGAUGCUGGCAGCAUUUCAGAGCUACCAAGUUUGAAGACGUCCAGAGAAUGCCUGUGGUGACCCAUCUGAUUGACAACCCCAGCAUGGAGCCCCUGGGGAGCAGCCACAUCCUUGGGCUGCUCCUUUGCGCUUUGCAUGUGCCUUUGGUGGCUUCCCUUGCAGGCGUUACCAUCCCCGCAGAGCUCCGGUCCGUUGUGGCCCCGGUGGUGGUGAACACCACGCUGUGCAGCGUCACCUGCGGGCUGGGCUUCAAGCUGGAGGAGCUGUGCGAGCUCAGCCCGGGCGGGCAGAGGCAGAACUGCACCGUGCGCCGCACCGCCUGCCUCGCCAGCUGGCACUGUGGCUUGCACCACUUCACCCUCGCCGUGGGCCAGCCCUUCCAGCUGAGCUGCCUGACCUCAGACGUCGCGGGCAGUGGGAGCCAAGCCUACAGCUGUGCAUGGAGCUUUGCCCCAGGCCUCAUCACCAUGAAGGACGUCCUGUUCAGACCUUUCGGAAACCCCAGGCCUGUUGUCAGGUUUUCCCCUACCAAGGAGUCGGACGCAGGGACUUACCGGUGCGAAGUGCAGGUGGUAAAGACGUUGAGAGUGGUCAAGAGGGUCUACUUUGCAGUCAGGGUGAUCCACAAGGACCUGGUGGAUCUGAACUUCCAAAAAUUCCUGACUUGGGAACAGAAGUUAGCAGCAAGCAAGGUAGAAGAGAACCUAGAAACGGGUGUCUAUGAAGAGCAAGAAGAGGAGCCCUUUUGGAAAGGAGAAUUGUUUUAUCAGUGCUUGCUAGGAAUUGGCAGUGGGGUGGCAGGGGGUAUCUUGCUGAGCGUGGUGCUCCACUGCUUGCAGAGGAUUUGGAGAGGGAGAGCUGCAGAGCAACGAGCUAAGAUUUAAUGUC